GAUAUCAUUGCAUAUUAAAUUAUAUCUCGUUAACCACGAGAUAAUAUUAUAUGUUGGAAAUUUGAAAAAAAAAAUAUAGCCACGGACCGUGGUCUUUGACCCUAAGAAAAAAAGAGAAAAAAAAAACAAUAUACUGUUUAUUAUAGGAGUUGUAGAAAAUCGGGCAACCAUAUUCGAUAUGACUUAUGAUUUAUUAUUAAAUGUUAUUAAGGAUAUUAUUAAUUAAAAUAAUAUAAAUUUCACAUUUUAAUAUGUACACUCGUUGGACACGCGGAAUAUUAUAUGUUCUAAAUUUAAAAAAAAUUAAAGUAAUACAACGAUCUCUGGAGUCUAGACCAUGCAAAUAAAGCAUCCGAUUUAAAUAUAAUAAUUUUCCAAUAGUUUAGUCAAAUAAAAAAGUGAAAGAAAAUAAUAUACAACCUAUAACGUCAAUAUCCAUGUACGCAGUAAUAAUUAGGAUAUGAUAUAAAACACGAUAUUUUGAUAUAUACACAAUAGAAAAUUAAAAAAAUGAUCAUCAUCUAGGGACAAAUCCAAAAUUACAGUUUGCGCAGCUACAGUAACUUUCUGGCGAUUUCUCUAGAACCCUCGAGAUUUCUCUUCACCGACUCACUUUUCCGGUGAUUCCUUUUCCGGCGAGCUCGGAUUUUCUUUCCGUUUCAACGGAUCUGAGACAUAUGUCAAUGGCAGACAAGGAGUUGUGGAUAUCUCUUCAAAACCUGAACCUUGGCUUGGAGCAUAGCCCUUUAAAGAUCUCAAACGAUGCUAAAAACAGGCGAGAUGCUGAACACCGGCUUAGUCUUGUUGUUCAAGGGCUGCAUCCUUCUCAAAAUCCAGCUGGAAUUAAGGUGAUGAUGCCAAAGAUUUGGAAAUUGGAAGGUCGUGUUACCAGUCGAAUUAAUGAUGAUGGAUCUGUCCAAUUCUUCUUCAGGCAUGAACACCAACUUCUCACAGUUCUUGAUAACGGGCCAUGGACCUAUAAAGACUGGCUUGUUGUAGUUGAUCGCUGGACCCGUCGAAAUUACCCGGAUUUCCUUCGUAUCAUCCGCUUUUGGGUAAAAAUUCUGAACCUUCCUGAUGAUUCUAAGAGUGACAGCGUGAUUCGUGAAGUUGGUGGAGUGUUGGGUCAUGUUGAUGAGGUUCAUAUACAGCAACCAUCUGCAGACCAAGUCGGGGAAGUUCGGGUCCGUGUUCCAAUUGAUGUCGAUGAUCGGUUACUCUUUGCUCGCUACUUCAACUUGGAUGAUUCUCGACCGCCAGUGCUAAUUCGAUUUGUUUAUGAUAAACUCCGUAGAUUCUGUUCUACCUGUGGAGGCCUAAACCAUCUUGCUACACAUUGUAACUUCCAAGUUCAAGAAGCAGAGCAUCUGCAGUUACCACCUCCAAUCCCUGUCCCUGUUGCGCAUCACAUGGUAGACCAACCAUAUACCCCUACUGAAGGUGCUAAUGAUACAAUGGGAGAAACAGUAGGGUCCAAUCUGAAUAUGGAGGUGUCAGAAAAUCAAGAUCAGAAUAAUUCUCAAGGAGAAGACAUGGAGUUUACUCAUCCAAGUGAAGUCCAAGAUACAGUUAAUGCUAUUUUUGAGAUUCAGGAAAUGGGUGUAGGUUCAGUGUUUGGACAGAACAGAGGAACCAAGAGAAAGGUUAAUGACUCCGCUGAUGCAGAACAGGCUUCGACUUCUAACAAGAGAAUUCAAGGGGAGGUGGAUACCCCGAAACCACCAUCUCCAGAAUGAGAAUUUUGCAUUGGAAUUGCCAAGGGUUGAGGAACCCCUUGACAAUUCCAUAUCUUAAGGAUAUCAAUCGUCGACAUAAGAUUGAUAUCAUGUUCCUCGUGGAGACGAAAAAUAAGGAUCACUAUGUACAGAAACUAGGUACGGAUCUCCAUUUUGAUCAUCAAAUUUUGGUCUCUCCUGAUGGUCUAAGUGGAGGGUUAGCUAUCUUUUGGCGGAGUACGGUGCAGUGUGAUAUUCUCUCCUCUCCUACUCUAAAUUACACAGAUAUGUACAUUACUGAAGGCCAAUCUACCUUUUGUCUUACCUAUGUGUAUGGUAAUCCUGAGAGAAAGUCAAGACAGUACAUGUGGCAGAAGAUGGAAAAUCUAGUUAGAGGAGGUCUUUACCAAAGCAAGCCUAGAGUGGUUCUCGGUGAUUUUAAUGAGAUAAAAAACAACCAGGAGAAGCUUGGAGGACCACCUAGGCCAGAAUGGCAAUUUCUAAAUUUCAGAAGGAUGCUAAAUGUUUCUGGGCUUCAUGAGAUAAGAACGUUUGGAGGUAUAUUCACUUGGAUUGGGAAUCGUAGUGUUGGUACUAUUCAAUCCAGACUUGAUAGAGUGGUGGCCACUGCAGAAUGGAAGGAUAAAUUCCCUAAAGCUCGAGUCCAGCUUCUAGACUGGGUUGGUUCUGACCAUAAACCGUUGUUGUUGAUUACAGAUGACAACAAAUGGAGGGGUAGGAAAUUAUUUCGCUAUGACAAUCGCUGGAGAAAUAAUAGAGAACUGCAGCUGACUCUCCAAAGUACUUGGGAUCAAAAAUGCAAAAUGCUACCUCCACAAGAAUUUCAAGAAGCUCUUAAGAAGUGCAGGCAUAGUAUUUCUUCUUGGAAGUCAGAACACGCCAAUAACUCUCACCAGAAGAUCCAGCAGCUUCAUGAAGCACUUCAGAAAGCUGAAAAUCUCGACCUAGUUCUCCAACAUAUCCAGCCCAAAGUCACUGCAGUUAUGAACCAGCAGCUCACUGCUCCUGUUACGGAGGAAGAAAUCUUUCAAGCUCUUUCUCAAAUGAAUGUUGAUAAGGCGCCAGGCCCUGAUGGACUCACAGCGGGGUUUUUCAAGUACCAUUGGGAAACCAUAAAGUCAGGUUUGAUCAAUUAUGUAAAACUUUUCUUUCAAACUGGGUACUUGAAUCCUGAAAUGAACCAUACCUACAUAUGCCUUGUUCCAAAAAUUGAUUCCCCUACU